AUGUCACUUAAAAAAGAUAAAACUACCCGAAAUAAUGCUAUUGAGAAAGCCCUUAAGGCUAUAAAGAACUCUUCAAAUAAUCCUACAGCUCCAAGUGUGAGGAGUAUUGCACGAAAAUUUGAUAUUCCGGAAUCAACCCUUAGACGUGUCAUUCGAAACAAUGGUCCUCUUAAAUGUCCAGGUCCUAAUAAAGUUUUAACCGAUCAUGAAGAAAAGCAACUGGUUGGUUAUUGCUUGAACAUGCAGAGACUUGAUUUCGGAUUGUCAAAGUCUGGUGUGAAUCAUUGUGUGAUGGAAAUUGUUGGUAGAGAUGGGCACCCACAUCCUUUUAACGAGAAUGGAUCAGGCCAAGCAUGGUAG